AUAACAUCUGUCAGUGACACUUGCUAUUGUGUUGUGUGUCUAUCAUAUUUUUAUAUUAAAAACCCUAUAAAUUUUAGAUAAAUCCUAUUUAUUUUAUAAUUUUUAAGCUAAAACUGUGAUAUUAUUUACCUAAACAAAAUGUCUAAUCCGUGGAAAAGAAUAGCAGAACCGGUUGUCGUUCAAAACUUCUCCGAAAUAAUGUCUGAAGAAGUAGCUAAAGGUCUUCAGGUCAAAGAGGACAUGCGGUUUGCUGAAAUAGUGUCGGACCAGCACAUCGCCCCGAGCGAGGCGCAGGAGGCCAUCCCGGCGGAGGUCUUGAAGCAAAUCGAAGAAUCCAACGCGAAAGGUUAUUGCGACUCUGACGCCAUCAUUGCAAAAGUGUUGCAAUGUCAGUUCGACAAGGAAUACGAUGACGAAAUAAAGCUGAUAGAGAAGAAGAAGAAUGGCGAUGCUAAAGUGUCGAUUUCGUUUGAUAAUUACCGCCACGUGCCGAGCUCCCUCGCGUACGACUCCGAGUCAGAGGACGAGGAUGUCUACAAGUCUGACAAGAAGGACUGGGACCGAUUUGAAACUAAUGAGAAGGAGUUCGCGAGCCUCCCCAAGAGGGGCUACAAGAUGAAGGAAGGCGAGAUGGUGACUAAACAUGACAGUGUCAUCAAUGGCAGGAGGAAUGCUUGCAGAGUCAUGGCCUUCCCUCCUGAGUUCUGCACUGGAGAUGGCGCCGGCUUUGACAUGAAGCUGCCAAACACUGUGUUCAAUAGCUUAAAAGCUCACAGCCGGUGGGACCAAGCCCGCAGACACAAGAUGUUGGACAGAAAAGAAAGUCAAGCUACAGCUGUCCUUGGUAUUGAUGAAAGGACUAAACUCAUUCUGUUUAAACUCAUCAACAAUGGAAUGCUAGAGCAAAUCAAUGGGGUAAUUUCCACUGGCAAAGAAUCUGUGGUCCUGCAUGCCAACAGUGACCCAGCAUUCCCUGACAUGAUACUGCCUAAGGAAUGUGCAAUCAAAGUCUUUAAGACAACCCUGAAUGAGUUUAAAACUCGAGACAAAUAUAUUGAAGCUGACUACAGGUUCAAGGAUCGGUUCUCCAAGCAGAAUCCUCGCAAGAUCGUUCACAUGUGGGCCGAGAAGGAGAUGCACAACAUGAUGCGUCUGCAGAAGAUCGGCGUCAACUGCCCUGACAUGAUCUGCUUGAAGAAGCAUGUACUAGUCAUGUCAUUCAUCGGCAAGGACAACAAGCCAGCCCCUAAGAUCAAGGACAUAAUUCUAAAGCAUCAUGAGUGGACCAGUGUGUAUGAAGAGGUUGUGGGGCUCAUGCACAAGAUGUUCACAGUGGGGCACAUGAUCCACGCCGACUUGUCCGAGUACAACAUCCUGUGGCACGAGCGCAAGUGCUGGAUCAUUGAUGUCUCCCAGUCAGUGGAGCCUGACCACCCUCAUGGUCUGCAAUUCUUGUUGAGGGAUUGCCGUAAUAUCAGCAAUUUCUUUGAGAAGAAGGGAGUGCCAAAUGUGAUGUCUGCUGAGGAAAUCUUCAAGUCCAUCACAGGGUUUGAAGAAAUAGACGUGAACUUGCUGGAUGGGGUGCACCCUACAUUCAAUGCUUUGGCUUCACGCUUUGAAAUAGAGCCCGAUGACAACAGGAAUGUGAGUUACCCAUUUGACUACUGCUGGUCCAAGAGCAAUGAGGGCAAGCCGGGGCAGUCGAGGACCCGCACCAAGAGUGAUCAGACCACUUCUGACGAAUCGGAAGAAGAUGAAUUUGAUGAAAUGUGGGAGCAUUCCCUCAAGCAGAAGAUGGUUAUUGACAGUGGUGCUGACUUCGGAAAUCCAGUCAAGCUUGAUGAUGAAGAUGUCAGCAAAGCAGCAAACAUCAGUGAAGAGCUAAAAGUUCCAAUAACUAAAGAUGAAGAUAAAAGUAGCAGUGGUAUUGACGAGAAUAAGUAAUUGUGUUCACUUAGUAAAUCUGAGCAAAAAAUUAAGAUAUUUUGAAUAUCCGUUAUCAAUAUUAAUAUUGACAACAUGAAAAAUGUAUAAGAGUUUGAUAAGAAUAAAUACUUAGAAGUAUCACUUCAUUUGAAUGAAGGAGCUUAUAUUGUUGUAUACAGGAUUCAGUUUGAAAUAAAAUAAUAAACUUGAA